AUGUUGUUCCUGAUAUCGGACAAAUUUGAAAACAUCACAGGUCCCUCAGAACUCCCGAACUCGACCAAGAUACUACGAAAGAAAGCCACAAACCAUGAGUUCCAAUGCUGAUUAGUGGUUGCUCAAGGACCUGAUUCUUAAGCCCCCACUCGUGUCGGCAGGUUCUACUUCAGGAGUAUUGUACAUGUAUUUUUUGCUUGGCGCUAAGAGACCUACCAGCUCUAAUGUUAAUCUGCCUUUGUGACAUCACCUGGAAAAGAAGGAAUGUCGCUCCUUUACGAGAGCCCAAAACCUUAUCAUAGAUGACAAUUUGAGCAGUCUGAGUAAGACUAUUUCCGUUUUGAAAUAUGAGACUUUUGGAUUUUUCCCAAGGCUGCACGAGGACGAAUGUCUCUAAUAGUGAUAAAUAUAAGGCUCAGCCAAUGCCAUGGAAGAACAAAAAGCGAUUUAUAGGCAGAAUGGCAUUACCGACAAAGACAAGGGAGGCUGGAAUGGCCAUUUCUGGAUUAUUAGCCGUCGUCAGCCAGUCAUACCCAACCCCCCCGAAGUGUGGAACACCCGAGGCUCCAACUCGCGACCUGUUAGUUAGAGAUCCAACGCCUCUAACUACUGGGCCACGAGCCCGUUGCCCUGUCGGUUUCGAUCGGAAAUAUACAAUAUACAAGGCGAUUUGUGAGUCAAACGGCUUACGCCCGACAUUUAAAACCUACGCGUAAGUCCACCGUCAGGGGAAAAGUAUGGCGUACAGUCAAAUUAAAGUCCAAACUUGUCUCCGCCAGAAUUAACUCCAUAUUUGAUUGUUAGGUCAGAAGACUUGCUGUCCCUGGUGAUUGAUCAGUCUUCAUCUCUGGGGCAUAAUUCUACUUUCGAUGGAGCGGCGAUUUCGAACCAAGCGACUGUCCAGAUCUCACCGAAACUGCAGUAAACAUGACCUUCAUGCUGUAAAUUAGUCCACAGACAUGUCGGUCUGACACCCUGAGAGUACAAAGUAACAGUCCUGUCAAAGACCACUCUUGACGAAGCUGAGUUGGAAUCUAAUUGGGCUGCUCAUUUGCACCUGGUCAUGACGAUGGAUACAACCGAGAGUUCAGAAGACGAAGAUGCGAUCACUGGAACAAGAAAUUUAUUGGCCUGACGUUUCGGAUUCUCACUCGAAUCGAGAGUUUGAACCGAGGGUUUGAAACGUGAGACAAAUGUGCAGUUGGAUCCAGGAAUUGCCUUCCCCUCAUCUUCUGCAGAUGUGUAUAAGCGGAACGUUCCUCAAUUCGGUAGUGCGCAUGAAUCAGCGACUCCGUAAAAAGGAGCUCAGCUCAGCUCGCCACAUCAAUCAGUUUUUGGCUAUUUGUUAUGUUUCAGCCCUAAACCAGUCUCUUUCUCUAACCAGCGAUGCGUCUGGGACUCAGAUGUCCGACUCUAAUUGUGAAGAGGAUUCCUUUUUUGCUUCCAGACAUCCGUUGUAUUGUCUUUUAUUGUCCCUCUGUCUCAGUCCUUUCCAAUCGAUACCAAUCUCCAAAGGCUAUUUUCGGUGGACGGGUAGAUUACUGGAUAAACCCUUUACGACGCGGAGCCUACUUCUGAUUUAACAGCAGCAAAGUUUCUUCGACAAAACGGUCAAACAUCUGAGAUUUAAAUCCUUAAGUCCCUUCCUGGCUGUUUUUUGGUCAAGAUACAGCAUUGAAGAUAUACCUCACUUGCUCAGUAGAUUCUCAUAUUCAGACUGCUAGUGGACCUCUUUAGUGUAAUUAAAAUCUUCGAAUCUUAUACUGCGUCACAGCGUUUGGAGUAUGUUUGUCAACCGUGUAAAUUCUAUCAGAAUGGAGCACCUUCUCCAAAUUUUCAAUGGAAUCAAACUUUUUUGUCUCCCGCCUAUUGUAGACCAAAGUCAAACUAGACGACUUCGAAAACGACACGUUCCGAGUCAGCGGCUGAAAUUUGGACGGUUCAUAAAUCCCCGAUCCAACGACAGACAGACUAUUCAUAUUGACCCAACUGUGAAGAACUCGGCGCCUUGCUGGGAUUCGAACCCACGACAGUAAGGUGAAGGCUUUAGUACAGCGAACGCUUUAACCACCCGAGCUACGAGGCCCCGCCGGACGACGCGAGUUUUAUCACAGGCUAUUAGCAUGGGGAGGUGGGGACACAACCGGGGGGGGAGACUGAAAAGGGAGUGAAAUACGAGGUACGUUGGCGAAGAGAAAAAACAAAGGAUGCCAAAAACUAGAACCAGACACCACGCUUAACAACAUGGUUCUGCGAACUUCAUCCCGAACAUUAAUAUAGCUAUUGCCUCCAUGAGGACGAAACUGUAACCCCAUACGUGCCAAUCCGGCUACGGUAUGAACCGGAAUUCACUCAACGUCGCCCGGAAUCUGUUAAUAUGCUAUCAAAUCACAACUUAAUAUUAUUGUUUUCCCCUGCGUCCACAUCAUCGCUUAAGUAUUUUGAAUACCCUCAUUAUUUCUAGACGACUUCUCAUAACCCCGCUUACUAAUAUUAUAGUGAAUAGCACAAGGUAGUUUCCUCUACAUAACUGGUCAGCCUUCUUGAGAUUUAGCUUCUAAGUAUCGGGAACGUUCAGAAAACUGGUGUUUAUGGAAUUUCUCGUAAUGAAGGCGAAAUUUCGAGUUCCAGGUGUAUGCAUAAGUGAACAAGAAGAAGAAGAAGAAGGAGAAGAAGAAGAAGAAGAAGAAGAAGAAGAAGAAGAAGAAAAAGAAAAAGAAGAAGAAGAAGAAGAAGAAGAAGAAGAAGAAGAAGAAGAAAAAGAAGAAGAAGAAGAAGAAGAAGAAGAAGAAGAAGAAGAAGAAGAAGAAGAAGAAGAAGAAAAAGGAGGAGGGUUCGAGCACCACAACAUUCCUCGUAACGUUCGCACAAAUACGUUUGUAGUGUCUAGUUAGUUAGUUAGUUAGUUUUCGGGGCCUGCUGCCGAGAUAGGUCAAGCAUUCAACAUUUAGUUCAUCAUUCUAUGAAUUCCAGGAUGCCUAUUCAUAGCAAAAAGAGGAGUAGUAGGAAACUUGCUUCGGAAAAUAUACCCGUAGAAAGUAGGCAAAAAAACUUCGUAGAAUGGCAUUGCCGACAAAGACAGGGGAGACUAGAAUGGCCAUUUCUGGAUUAUUAGCCGUCGUCAGCCAGUCAUACCCAACUCCCCCGAAGUGUGGAACACCGAGGCUUGAACUUGCGGCCUGUUAUUUAGAGAGCCAACGCCUCUAACUACUGGGCCACGAGCCCGUUGCCCUGUCGGUUUUUCAAUCGGGAAUAUACAAUGGUAGGGGGCGCUCAUCGAUCGUUCUUACGGAACUCACUCGUUCCGUUGUGCCUUACGGAAAAGGGAGAAAUUAGGCUGAUUUAUGACGUCCCAAAUUAGCACUUAGAACUGCCGUCAGCAGUGUGGAUAGCACAGAAGUGCAUCAAUAUUAAAUACACAAUUUGGUAUUCUAAAGACAGUAAGGCAAAUGUCCAUAUGCGGAAAUAUCUUCCAGCUGCGAUGCCCGCAUGUCCGGGAAGAUGAGGCGCUGCCAACACUCAACUGUCCAUUGUUCUGAAGUUUGGAAAACACGCAAACUUCCACCCUCUGAUGAUAUGGUAACACACCUCUCACAGCUGUUGAGGUUGGCUCUGGCUAUAGCGGCCGUGUGAUUUUUUACCGUAAUGACAACGCAGGCAUGAUAUCAUGCGCCGCUGGGCGGCUGCUGGUUGGGCUCGAGAGAGAGCCCGUAAGGCAAAACGGAACGAAUGACUUCCGUAUGAACAAUCGGUGAGCGCCCCCUACCACCAAAAAACUUCGUUUCCGAAAUGAUAGCAAAUGCAGAACUGUCUUUCAGGAAAAGUACUUCGUCUCUCCAAAUAUCAAAUGCCAAAGACACAGGAUCCUACAAUAAGUUAUGAUGACUCAAAUCCCGUCCUAUCAUUAUGAAAAUAAGUAAUUGACCUCAGACAAGCAAAGACACUAAUAAAGAAAACGCAUGUACCUAAACUACUUAGUAAGAGAUUCAUUUGUCAUCGAGAAAAACACAGGCCGCUGGACCACAAAAGAACACAAAAAAACAUUUCUAUUUGGAUCAAAUUGGCGAAACUUUAUAUGUACGCAGCAGGGGAAUCCCAUGCGCAGGUAUCUGCCAACAAUUCAAGAUUAAGGACUUGACUAUGGAUCAUAGGAAAAGUCAACGCGACGCCAAAAACCGUGUGAUAACUAACUCCAGAGCGUGAAAGAAGUUAGCGUCAAAUGCUUUACUACAGUUGGUCAAGGACACUUCAACUACACAAUUUCACUUAGUACUAACGAAUACGAAACAAAUGAGUACACAGUUCGGCCUCUCAUUCACCAUACCCAUUUGACAAAAUUUGCAAUCCUAACGGCCCCUUUCGGAAUGAAAAUAGCUGUGACUACCAGUUACGCUGGUGAGGUCCCGGCAAUCCUCAUUUCGUUAUGUUCGCCCAGAGAAAAGCAUAUGUUGAGGACUUUAGAGAUCCAAGGCAAAACGGGGCGUCCCUAUUCAGGCCUGGUAGCGGAAUAGAUGAGGGAACGUAAAUUUGAAGGUGCUUUAAAUAUUCAAGAUCUCGGUCGACACCACAUACGGUCAAAGCUCAAUCGUACGUCGCUUAACUCAGUAAUCAAGGAGUUCGGUGUCUCACCUGCACGGGGUUAUAGUAUGGAUGGCCGAGGACAUUAAAUAAGUUAACAAUGGUCAUUUGCGUCUUCUUUUUGAUUGUCGUUUACGUUCCUCUGCUACUGAGGCCCUCAUUCACCUAGUAACGCCGAGCAAAAAUUGUAGUCCAUAUUCACAAGCACACAUUAAUCCUGUCCACAGUCCACAAGUUCAUCAUCCAUGUAACUGUGUUGGCCUGAUGAUGAAUACCGAAAACAUACGCUUGCCAAUUGACUUUUCAAUUGGGUGGUAUACUGAGAAAAUAGCGAUUCCACUAGUAGCCAUUCGUCUGUAAUAUGAAGCUGCGUUGGCGGCCCCACCGAUGACAACAAAGCAGCCUUCUACCGUAGUCGCCGCCUUGUGCAACAGCGGCUCGCAAGGCCGAGGAGAUCCAAGGAUACGCGGAUCGCAACCAAUGGAAGAACUUCUUCUCCACAAUCAAGGUUGUCUACGGUCCGCAAACCAAAGCCACUGAUCCUCGUCUCAGCGCCGACGGCAGUACCCUGCUCGCUGAGAAGACAAAAAUUCCACAGCGAUGGACCGAGCACUUCAGAGGUGUCCUCAACCGUCUCUUCACAAUCUCCGACGCCGCCGCCGUUUGCCCCAAUUAG